CGAUACACUUUAAUUAAUAGACGUCACCGGACUCUAGUUACAGCCCGUGUUAAAUAAAGACAAGAAAAAAUUUUAUUCAAAAAAAGUUAAAUUCUUCUAAACGAAAUCAAAUUAUUUUAAUAUUCACUCAAGUGCAUCAUCGACAUUGCCAAAAUUAAAACAAAACUCAUAAAACUGGAUAAAAGGAAGAUGAGUGGCACACGUUUUGCCCGAACUGGGCGUUGCAGAUUUCUAGUUUGUUUAGGUAUUCUAAUUCUAAUGGUAGGUAUGGUGGCUAUAUUCCACAGUUCACAAGUGCAACUGGACGAGACACGCGAACAGCGUCUACACUGUGAACAGCAGCAGGAGGCAUUGAAUGAACGCUUGACCACUUUGGUGGAGCAAAAAUAUCAUUUGGAAAGAAAUCAAGAACGUGAACGUAAUGAACAAUUGGAAACUAAACGUAAUUUAGAACAAAAGAUUAAAGAUUUAGAGGAGAAGCAACAAAAAGAAGAAGUGGAACAGCAAAUGCGUUACGAUAAAUUAAAACAAACUCAUGCAUUAUUGCAAAAUGAUCACAAACAUUUAAAAGAGGAGACCCAAAAGGCCAACAAGGAACAAUUGGAUAAUAUAAAUGGCUUGGAAAAGAAAUUGCAGUCUAUUCGUUCGGAAUUGCAAAAAGAGAAAAACAACAACUCGGGCGAACUUAUUGAAUUAAGGGAAAAAUACAAUAUUGCUGAACAAGAAAACAAACGCCUGCAUACACGUCUCAAGGAACUGGAACAAAUCGUUGCGGAUUAUCAAUCACAUUGUGAGUACAAGGCAGCCAGUAAACCAGUAGCUCCCAAACCGGAAAUGACAUUGGGCAACAACAACAACAGUCCCAGUACUAGUGAGAAAUCAUUUAAACAUCAAGAUUCAGUGAGUGAAGGAGUUUACCAUAUAGCGGUAAACAUUACUACUAAUAAUAAUAGCAAUAAAGAGACUAAAAUGCUUGUUAAUGGCGGCGGUAUGGUGACAACCAGUAGUAGUGAGCCCACAAAUGCUCAUAUUGUACCCAAACCCAUUAAACGCGUCGCCGAUGAUGAACAGCAGCAACAGGAGAAACCCAAUGCACAAGUAAGUCAGGAAAAUGAUAAAAAUCAAGUGGCUCCUUUGAGUGCGCCUAAAAACAAGGGCCAAUUAGUGUCCACAGCUGUUGCCAAGUCCGAACAACAAGUACAGGCCGCUGCCCAGUUAAAUGCCACCUCAGCUAAUGUCCGAACGGCACGAGGCAGCAGCACUAGUAGCAGCAAUUCACCACCCUUGGCUUUGCCACCCAAUCAACGUAAACUGCCCGAAAAUGUUGCACCCAUACCAGAUAAUUUUGAAGAUUUACUACAAAAAUCCAAUAAUGAUGCGCUCAAAAGCAAUGAUGAUCCCUCACAGUUGGAGGAAAAUCAAGCGCAACAUGAUUUAAAUGAAAAUAAAAAUUCAGCCGUAUUAAAAUCUCCCCUAAACAAUAACAAUUAUGAUUCUGGUGCACAUGAAAUUAACAAUGCUAUGGGAGAUGGUGAUUCAAAUAAUUUGCCACAUGAUGAUGACAUAAACAAUUUCUUCGAUAAUGAGCAAGAGCCCAAAGAACACAAUAAAAACAACAAUAAAGAUUUAAACGAUGAUAAAGACGAUGAUGGUGGUAAUGAUGACGAUGAUGGCGGCUUGGGUUUAGGAGGCGAUAACGAUGGUGGUGGUGCGGCAGCUGGUGACAUUGCAGUCAAACAGCAACAGCAAUUAUUAGACGACAGCCUUAAAAAUGAAGUAGCCGAUGAUCAGGGUAAAGAAUUCGGAGAUGGUUUGCGUUUAGACGAAGGUGCUAUGGAAGAAGAUGAUGAUGAUGAUUAUUCAAAUCCCUCAGCACGCAAACAGGCUGGUGGUCAAGCCAUACGCAAUUAAACCAUGAAUUAACUCUAAACAACAGCAUUAAGAUUAUUACAA